AAUUACUAAAAACUUCAAGUUUGCUAUAGUUUCCAAGGUGGCAGAGUGUGGCUGCGCUUCUGUUAUGAUGUGACGUGCUAACUUUCCCCUGGAUCUUCAGGAUCUUUCGCCAUGCUCGUGCCGAUUUUCACACUGAAGUUGGGUCACAAAAUCCACGCUCGAACUGCAGCACUGGGGCGGUACGAUGGUAGGCAUCCUUGUUUGACAGGCGGUACGACGGCUGGAAAGGUUGGUUCAGAUAGUUGUAAAUUUCGUUAUCAAUAGUUUUAACCCCCAAGGACCGCCUUUGAACUAACUUGCGAUCAGGCGUCUUACUUUGGUGAGAAGAACACGAAAAAUCGGCGGAAAAAACAGUGCUCGAAAUUAACUUUUGGAUCUGGUCUUCCGCAGGACCAGUAGAAUGAAAAUUUACUGGUCCAUCAGCAAAACUACUAAUCACUCUUAUCAUUUUCAAUUUUUUUUUAAUGUAUGCCGUGAAUUUGUGUCUGAAAGUUAAUACAUGAAAAAAUUAUUGCAAUCAAAUAAACGCAACCAUAGUAGACUUUAAUGACUAGCGCUUUUUGCCUGUUCGUUUUUGAAACGUUUGUUUCAAGGCUUUUAGCACUUUUUGGUACAAUAAUAACCUCAGAGAGUGGUAACCCUACUCCUCCAGGGGACAAGUGGGAAAGAAAACUACUCGUUUUCGGAAUUUUUUACUCGUUUUUGACGAGUGGACGACCGUUAAGUUCGAGCACUGAAAAAGGAAAUGAAUUUAAGGGAGAAACCGCCAGAUCGUACUUUACUCUUGGCCGUAGUCUUUCAGCUGAGUCUUUACAUUAAAUUGUUUUAAUUUUUAUACUCCAAGAAAACAGCGAGAGCUAGUUGUAAAUCUUCUGCCUAUAAGGUAAGAGUUGUAAGAAAGUCUUAAUCUACUUAAUUGGAAAUUGUGUACAUUUUGGAAUAGGUCUGUAAAUCAUUGAUCAAUCUCUCCACUGAAAUACACAAUGUUUAUUUUGUCAAUAAUUUCAGGCCUAUGUGGCUUGUUUGGUCAUUAUGAGCACGCAAGGAGAACACCCAAAGGGAAGAGGAGGCACCUGUAGCAAAGGCCCAAGUUUCCCGUUUUCUUUAGAAAUGUUCUGACAGCAUCUAGAAUUCCCAUGUCUUUGUAAAUUAUUAUUGAAGUCCAAAAAUAAUGGUCCAGUUUUGUUGUGUAAGUCUAUAGCCUGCCACAAAGCUCUUCCUUUAUGGCGAGUGUAGCGAGCCAUGAGAAAACACGUGAGUGAGGAGGGACGGACAGAAAAAAAGCUUGCAAUGGUCUCUUAUAAAUUUUCAUUUCUGCUAUGCCCAGACGAGGCGAAAUACCAUUGGCUGAAAAAUGACGCACUGCCAAUUAAUUUUGAUUGAUGGUAUUCCUUCCCGACCCGCCAUAAAUGUUUGCCAUACAUUUAGAAACAUGAUGCUUAAGGAAAUCAGGAAAAUUAUGAUUACUCCUUUUUCCGGUGAGAAACAUGAUCACUCUCUCCUUUUGUGAUUGGUGAACAAUUUUUGAGGACUAUGUGGCUGUAUUUUUAACCGUUCAGUUUGAAUCUCAACCUCACAGAAUGUAUAAACCAGCAGAUCAGAGGCCUGAGACUGGGUUGCCAGGAACCCAUCUCACCCCAUUUGUUGUGUUUAAAGUUUCUCCACAACGAAAUCAGUUGAUUUAAUAUCCAAGUGGAUGCGUGGAAGAUCGAUCUCCUCAAGAAAAAAAGAAAGCCACUGCGGCCAGUGAUGAAAAUGUUGCAAUAAUGAUUUUUUUUAUCUUAGGUUACUUAUCAUUUUCUUUUGUUUUUGGGUAUGGCAAUGUCUGCUAAUGAAGUUGAAACAAAGGGAAAAUAAACAUUACCUGAGAUAAAACAUUAACUACAACAAAUAGCAAUUUUUGCGCAUUUUAAUUGGCUCCCAUAACUCAGAAUAUCCUUCCUUGGCUAUUCACUGUUUUGUGACCUGAGCCAAGAUGGCUCAGAAAUUUUCGGAAGAAGAAAUUUGAGCAAUAAAUGAAGCAGUUGUAUAAUCAAAUACCGAAAAAGCCAUGAACUUUGGCUUGUCAGUGUUUACUGGUAGGUAUAAAAUUAUUUUCAUGCUCGAUUUGCAACAAAAUCGUAAAAAUGCAAUUGACAAAAUCUCUGAAAAUACUGUGUAAAUUGUAUUAAAAACAAAGUUCCUACUAAGUGACGUUUUGAAUUUACACAAAGUUACUUUUUUUUCAUUUUUAUCCAACUGAUUUGGUAAAUACUAAAACAACUAUCCCCCUCAGGGUCGGUGAACAGAGCUAGAUCAGUGCUCUCCCUAGGAUUUUGGCUGUGAUUAUCAACGGUGUUUAGACGAAGCCUGCUGUACACCGAAUAAAAAUUUUUACACUUGGGAACUUACUUUAAAUUGGGAAAAAAAGAACACAAGUUGCUUUGACAAGCUUUUAGUUUUUGUUACACGUAUCUUGGGUUGACUGCAAGCACAAGUGAGUGCAGGAGUUACUUUAGUACUCCUUGCACGUAAGCUCCUUGAAUGUCCGUUGUAUUUUUCAAGAUGGCUGCCAUUUAACGAAAUGAAGGCAUCAUAGAUUUGAACAUAUUCGUAUUUUAUAAUCAAUAACUCAGGAGAAAACACAGAAAUAAAUACACCAGACAAUGUUACAUCAACUUUAUUGAGUGAUUUUGCCUUUAAAAUACCUAGCUCUAGAUGUCAACGUAAGUGUCCAUUCGGUUUAAUCUUUGGUACUGAAGCCAGGCGGCAACAAUGUUCCAGUGAAUUAAACCAGGUGGUCCAGCUAGCCUUAAAUACCUAGGGAGAACACUGUAGAUAUUAUACCUCGGUAUUAUAUCCACCACUAUUCACCUCCCCUUCGGGGGGAUAGUUGUAUAUUAUGUUUGGGCAUGGGUAUUUUAAUCACAGAAUUGACCUAAAACACUUCAGAAUCACUUCAGAAAGCUGCAUUUAAUACUAAUUUAGAGCAAAUGGAACUGAAUCAAAGUCAGCAGUUUAUACCAGCUUCUUACAUUGCAUUCAAUCUUCACCUCUGUUGGUUGAUUCUAACUGAUAAUAAUAUUAUUAUUGUUAGCCAGAGUCAGUCCAGUUACCCUGUUUUGCUGUCUUUUUUACAGGUUUUUAUCCACAACCCCCAUACUUCAGCACUGCAAGGUGGUAGAGCGAUAGCGAGUCACAACACUGACAUCAGCAUUUUAAACAUUAAUCAACAAGUGUCUGCUGUUGCUGCUGGUCCGUUAAAUAGUUCAGGAUGUGACACACUGCUUGUUGGAACACCCACUAACUUUCUAGCUUAUGAUGUAGAGAACAACUCUGAUCUUUUCUACAAGGAUGUGAGUUUCUUGUUAGUUUAGUUUGACUGCUCUUGGGGUCUGUAAGUAAAAUUUUCUUUUGGUAGUUACUGGAUGUAUAUUACUAAGUGGUAAGCCUUAGUACUGAAGAGAACUUUUUAAAGUAUAUAUCUCUCAAAAAAAUUAAUAAGCUACUUUAAACAUGUACUGAAAACAAACAAAAUAUGGUCAAACCUUGCUUUACAGACACCCACUACAGUUAACUCAUUAUUCUUGACAGUUUGCUUUGUCCCUGGGGAAAUAAAGCCCUCUAACAUUUUCAUCUCUAAAUUCAACCGGCUAAAUAUGGACACUAGCUUCCCAUGCAGAAUAAGAUGUUCUUUGGGCUUGUUACACAAUCCUCCUCAACACUUUACGUUUCCUACAUUCUUGUCUGGAGAAAAACUCUGAUUACACUCUAUCAAGCUUAGAUGUUUUUUUGGCCUGUCAACACUUUGACUUCAUCAGCACCGAUUGGUUAUCCGAUAAUCUGCAUGUGAGCUCCAGCUGAUAUUUGCAAACAAUGGGAAGGGAAUUUAACUGCUUGUUUCAGCAGACAUUCAUGGGGCAGGAACCCAUGACGAACCCCUAAGAACCUUUGUGUGGGAGGCUAUGCGGACACCCCAUUAAUACGGACACUUUGUUUGGCUUCCCCAGUGUCCAUAUUAAUGGGGUUUGACUGUAAGAAUGUUAAAAAGAUUAAUGAGUUGAGAACCAGGCCAAAAAGAUGUCCAAGGUUAUAAAAUGGGUAAGUAAUUUUGAAAGUCUCCUUUAAGCCAUUAGCUCUUGGGAAUUUUUCCAAAAAACACUUUAAAUAUCAUUCUGACAAGAUUAAGUAUGUCUUUCUUCGCUAAUAUUUGUUGUUUACUCUCCGUUGCAUGAACAACUCCUACUUGUACAUCUUGUUUAGUUUUGUGCUUUGAUCCCUUGUAAGAUUGCAGACGGAGCAAAUGCUAUAGUAACAGGCAAGCUUGGCUCAUUUGAGAAUCCUCUAGCGAUAGUUGGAGGAAACUGUUCAAUUCAAGGAUUUGACUUUGAAGGAAAUGACGAAUUUUGGACGGUAAGUGAUGUCUUAAACUUCUUUAGGAGAAAUAAUAUCAAUGCAUGUGCUGGCUUCCAAUGAAACCAGUGAGUAAAUCAGAAUACUAUAGUUACAAAUUAUAUACAGUACGAAGAAUUUUGAGCCAUUCUAAACCUGCCAGCAAGUUUGUGAAUUAUAUAUUCAGAAAUCUUAGCCGUUUCCACCCCCCUAAGCUGUUAAGGGCGUGGGUUAGGGGGUGGAGACAGCUGACAUUUCAGACUAUAAAUUGUAGUGAAUCCAAGGCUGUGCUCUAACAAAAAUUGAAGGGGGCCCAGUCUAGUGCUGUGAACCUGUAAAACCCAGGGUACCCAGUAAAGAGCUCAUCUGCCAUAGGACCAACUUGGCACACCAACAUCAGGGCUUGUAAUAAUGUCCAGUCAAAAAUAGGAUUUGUCCGGUCAAAAGGAACGCCGGACAUUUAGUCCACUCUUUCACGCUUCUAAUGUAAUGCAGACGUUCACUUCUUUUAAAAUAUGAUUGGUCAAGAUUGGACAUUACUGGUGUUCGUGAAGGAAAAAAGUGGGGCGAGAGAGAGAGAAAAAGGUGACCAGAUCAAGAACUUGACCCAUAAACCGUUCAUAACACAGGGCCUCUGAUAGGUCGCAGAAAAAAGGUCAAAUUUCGUGGGAUUUUCAGAGACAAAUUUGAAGAAAAAACGGGUGAUUUCAUGGGAAAAUUCAGGACAAAUUUCACUGAAAAACAAUGGUUAAAAAAAGCCAAUUGCGCGGAAAUUUUCCGGGCAAAUUUUGCUAGAAAGUAAUUGGUUUUGCACUGAUUUCACCACAGGCGGCCCAGACGUAGUAUGUGUCACUGAAUGAAUAUAUUAAUAUCCACAUGGACAAAUUAACGCGAUGAGUCGUCGAAACUCCCAUGGACUAAAAUAGUCUAAAAGUCAAAAUAUAACAAAACAAAGCUAAGAUACCUUCAACUGAACGUAUCCUUGUCUUUCCUGGCCGGUUUAAGUGGCAUUUUGUUGAGUUUUGAAAUUGUAGGUACUAUCCACUAAAGAAGAAUUAAAGGCUGGCUACAAAACAAACAGACCAUCUCCACGCACCUUCACACGAAGCGCUAUAAAUUCGAGAAUAAUCAACGAAUCCGCUCCAAAUAACCAUCGGCUAAUCUGCAGGUAAUGUGUGCUCCUGCUUCUGGCUCGCUUGCUCCACAAAACCCAUCGCAACUGCACAAUAAUUGCUCGCUCAUCAACAACCACUGUUGACCUUUACGCUUCGAUAUGACCGCAAACGACCAGGUUUAAUACGCGACGUGAAUAUUCAAGCUUAGCGACCGCGUUCGCGCUACAAAUUAUGCAGCACUUGCUAUGGGAGGGAUGGUACUAUUGCUUCUAGGUCAAUCGACUGACCGAAGGUUCGCUGCGUUAGUUUUGACCAGAAAACAAAAGGCGAUCGCGGGACCGUCCGUAAGUUUUCAACAAGGCAGCCCUGGUUUUCAAGUUUGAAUUCUUCUAACGUUCACUGUCUCAGCUGCUGUCACAUUGUUUGUCCAGCCGCUUGCAUAGGUUCUUGACUCUACCAGACUUAUUUGCUUAGAUUAACAACGUCUUACUCCAUAAUAUGUUGUCCAAACUGGUGAAGGAGGACGAGAAUUUUCCGCCUAGGAAAAAGGCAAAAUCUGGCCCCCGCUAUGCAGCUGAAUAGAAGAUACAGCUGAAGAUAUCGUAAAGUAAAAUUUAUGUGCGCGAUAUCUUUUAUUAUUAUUAUUAUUAUUAUUCUCAAAACUCAGGGGCACCCAGCGAUGAUUUCCCCCUGAAUGCAUUGAAAACACAUUUAAGGCUCUCCAGAGUACUUUUGACCGAAAAAUGCAUUCUAAACAGCGCUUACAUAAAUUUAGUCAGGAGGGCUAAAAGCAAAGCUAAUUAUUUAUAGUUUGCUCAUACUAAAUAUAAAAUAUACAGCUAUUUCGGGAAAGGUUGUCGGAAAAAGUGCACGCGACAAACCCGAAAGGUAUUGUGGGUGGUUUUGAGUUCACUGUUGUUCAAAACUAAGGGCACGAAAGGCCAUGGACAUAUGUUUGCGAGUGCUAAAGGAAAGCAACAAAAGUAGGUUCGACAGCUACAGUGUCAGGAACAGUGUAUUGAUCAUAUCCCAUAUUACCUUUCGGGAUUGUCGCGUGCACAUGUUUUCCAACAACCUUUCUCGAAAUAGCUGUAUCGUGUGAUGCUAAGCGGAGAAGGCAACGAGACAGGGCCACCCAACGACUGUUUCCUCAAAUACUUUCAAUUGAAAACACUUUUGUAGCUAUUCAUAAAGUACUUUUAGCUCUAUAGAAAUGCAUUCUAAGUGGCGCUAUAAAAUUUGCAUCUCAGUGUUCGGCCAUUCUAGAGGAACUUGAGUCUUUUCGAAAUUACGAGGAAUUCAGAAUUAUUUUCCCGAAAAUUUUAGAUGCAAUUUAACGUAUUACAAAGGAGAUAAUUUUUCAGAUACCUUCUUUCACCACAUUUUUGAAUCCGAAAAUUUUAGGAUUCCAUUUUACUCUCUACGAAAAAUAGCCUAACCGGGUGAGUGAAAUGUGAAAAAUUAAAAGUUGGAUGCCCUUGACCAGAACUGUGAAAAACAACAAUAGGUCUAAUUGCAGCACACUUUCUUGUACAUUUCCUUGCCGUUGAUUCGCAUGACUGCAACGUGAAACGUCCAGAAAACUUCCUGGUUUUCACUUUUUAUGGAGAAAAUGUGGUACAUGUUCUUGUUCACUUUUUCCACUGCCGCUCAUUUCUUUUUUAGCUCCGCUAUAAGAUUCGUAUCUGUUCGGUGCUCCUAGGGCAAAUUGGAUCUUUUUAAAAAUUACAAGGGCUUCAAUAUUAUUUUCCCGAUUGAUUGACCUAGAAGCAAUAGUACCAUCCCUCCCAUAGCAAGUACUGCAUUUUUGCGCGAACGCGGUCGCUAAUCUUGAAUAUUCACGUCGCGUAUUAAACCUGGUCGUUUGCGGUCAUAUCGAAGCGUAAAGGUCAACAGUGGUUGUUGAUGAGCGAGCAAUUAUUGUGCAGUUGCAAUGGGUUUUGUGGAGCAAGCGAGCCAGAAGCAGGAGCACACGUUACCUGCAGAUUAGCCGAUGGUUAUUUAGAGCGGAUUCGUCGAUUAUUCUCGAAUUUAUAGCGCUUCGUGUGAAGGCGCGUGGAGAUGGUCUGUUUGUCUUGUAGCCAGCCUUUAAUUCUUCUUUAGUGGAUAGUACCUACAAUUUCAAAACUCAACAAAAUGCCACUUAAACCGGCCAGGAAAGACAAGGAUACGUUCAGUUGAAGGUAUCUUAGCUUUGUUUUGUUAUAUUUUGACUUUUAGACUAUUUUAGUCCAUGGGAGUUUCGACGACUCAUCGCAUUAAUUUGUCCAUAUUAAUAUAUUCAUUCAGUGACACAUACUACGUCUGGGCCGCCUGUGAUUUCACGAACAUUUUUAAUGAAACAAAACGGCAAUUUUGCCAAUUUUUUUUUGGGGGGGAGGGGUGGACUGGGAUAAUGAGCGUUAGCCUGUGCAAUAACAACAACAACAGAAACAUUGACUACUUAUAAAUGUCGCCUUUUUAAAACUGGCGAUUUUUGUCCUCAAAACUCCCACGUGCUUUGCGAUGUCGUCUGGAGUUGGUAUAGUAUAGCACAAGGUUUUUUUUAUUUUUUUAUCAGAUAUCAUCAUUUGCUCUUUUAACAACAAUGAGCUCAGAAAAGCACCAAUGUCGAAGCUUUUUAUAUCAUGCAAUGGCCGGUGCCCAGUUUUUCGCAAUAAUAAUCCAAGAACACCUGGUAAUUGCCAACGAGCCAUCCGAGCGAAGACGCUCAGAUGGCGAGGCGGCAGCAGAAUAGAGCCGCGCAAGACUGGGCAGUAGGCAGAAAAAUUCUCGAUUGAGCUGUAAAAAGUGUAACCUAAUGUAAUGUAGAUUCCCCUGAGACCAAGUGGUGAGUUGUGAACCAAUCAAAAGGCAGUACCUGGGGCACGGGCUCAACUUGAAUAAAAUACAAAAUUUCACACAAUUCCCGCCGUCGCGACUUCCGGUGUUUAUUUACCUAAAUUUUUUCGUCAAACCCGGCCACUGCAGUCAAGAAACAUGAGCACUUGAUAUAUUCUAUUAAUUUUAGGGGCCAUAAUGUUAAGUUUUAACGAAGAGAAGUUUGUAAAACAGCAAAAGUGUUCUAUGUGCAACAAGCAAUAUUCUCACCACUAAAAAGGAUCAGAUUACACGAGGAGAUAAGGAAAGCUUGACACGAAGAAUACAGUCGCUUCUGUUGGAAAAUCUGGUGUUGGGGAAAAAAUCUAACCAGCAAACAAAAAAUAUGAGAACAAAAACGAAUUACAAGCCUAAAGCGAACGACAAAGGAAAAGAAAACAACGCCAUUUUUUCGAAACCUGGCCGAGUUCAGUAUAAAAAUAAUGAACUAAAAUUAAAUACCGACGUGCCGUACAGUCGCAUGUCCUUGGAAACAUUUUAGAUGGCCCAGCGAAUCAUUCUAAGUUUCAAUCCGGUAACAAAAAGCCUCGGGAAAUUUGAAAGGAGGUUUAAAUGAUUAAACUGUGCAAAUGUUUAUGUACAAUGUGAAACCGAACCGACAGUAGAGUUGUAGCUGAACUUAAUAAUAAUCCCGAUCGCUUCCCCUGCAAAGCUGACUUUAUUCUUUCAAGACACUUCACACUUUUACAUAGCAGGUUUGUAAAGCCACCAGACUGAAUCUGAGAACUUUUCAAGAAAAUAAUCCUUGCAACAGGAAGGGACCAAGAAACGGUCAAAUGGGAAAAAAUAAGGAAUUUUAUUCCUAAGCAAAACAUCGAUCGAUAGGUAUACCUAGUUUUGGGACGUUUUCUCAUUGCAGUGGUGAAGUCUCAAGAUAAAUUUGCAGGUCUAUUGCAAAAACAGCCCCAUUAGCUGAGAUAAGUCUCAAAUAUGCAGGGUUGUCAGAAAGUUUUGAAGUAGAUGGCUGAGUUGUCAAAGUAAGUGGCCAGUCCAGGGAUAUUUUUUUUAAAAAAUGCCGUCCGUAAAGAAAUGCCAAGCAGAGUAGCCGGAGACAGCAGCCUGUAGCCGGCCACUUUUGACAACCCUGAAUAUGUUGAACUGACGUGUAUUUGGUAUAAAGAUUUCUACCAAAUUUCGAGGGAUUUCGUGGAUUUACCUGAAUUUCGCGGCUCUGCGACUGUGCGAAAUUUCAGAAGCCCUGCGCGGUGGGGCGGUAACAGUGGUUUUUUUUUUUUUUUCUGGGAGUUGCGACUCCGAGUUAAAAACUUAUUGCUUUGUCCUCUAUAAAGUCGUCACCGCAAAUUCAGGAGAAGCGUGUGUAGUGUUGUAAAAUAUUUUUAUAAUAGUCCGCAUGUAUUUUACUGUAAAUUGCAAUCAGAUAAUCCUAGAUGAAAGACAUUAUUUGUCUGUCCAAAAACGGGUUGUGUCUGAGCGAAAAAUAGGUUUGACCGGACAACUUGACCAGCGCCAGCCCUGAACAUGGUCAUGGCCACCGUUUAUAAUAUGUUAAAAUGAAACAGCAAUAUGAUUGCCAUAACAUUAUGUAAAAACAAUUAGUUGCAAGUACUCAAAAAUUCUAUAGUGCUUAGUAAAAUUAAUGAUAAACUGAACUUUUCAUACUUUUCAAGGUCACAGGUGACAAUGUGUGUUCCUUGGCAAUGUGUGAUUUUAGUGGUGAUGGAAAUCUUGAGGUAAAAUAAUUAUUAUGUUUAUAAUAUUGCUGUUAGUCAGCUUAUUAUUUUAACACUACAAUAUAUUCAGCCUUAAAAGGGCUGUAUGGCAGUUAUAUGACCUUUUUUGUUAUGAAACAUAACAAAAAAUUACUUGUGAAUGACAUAUUAACUUUGUGUCGAAAAAUAUGUCGAUCCCAACAUUAUAUCAAAUGUUACAAACAACAAAAUUGAACUUUGUUAGGCUAAAAAGUUAAAUCAAAAACCACACUUGCAAUCUGCUUCAGUCUUCUUCAAGUUUUUCCAUCCGUGUCUCCUUUUGUAUUAUAUACUAAUUAAUUGUUUCAUCCAAUUUGUUGGCUGUUCCCCCGAUUUGAAUUUUGAGAAAAUUUCAUGACACAUGUACAGCCCCUUUUAAUAACAUUAGUUGAAAUGCAAGAAGUGUUUUUCUUGUCCCCACCCUCUCCCUGCCUCUCAAUCACCACCAUAGACAUGUUAUAACCAACAGGGAUGUUACUAAGAUGUCAGGUAGCUGGGUAAAUACAACAAGCAGGUGAGGAAUAAAACAGCUUGGGAUUUCUUUUGGUUCUAUUUUUCUUCUAUUUUCCUUUGAAAGUAGCCAGGGGCCAUGAUCUUAGUAACUGGGGGAAAUCCCCGGCCCCUGCCUCUUAAUAACAGCCUUGAACCAGAGGAACAGUUUGCUUUGUUUUAGUCAGAGUUGUAGUGUAAUAAAUUUACUCUGUUCUGUUUAAGUCCUAGAAAGAAAUCUCAACCACCAGUAACCAGUUUAGGCAAUUCAUCUUGAAUCUGAGAAUCAGAUUUCACGUGUAGUUUCGCUUUUGAUGACCUUUGUCAUAAACAAACCAGUUUAAUAUUACUGGUAUAACUUACCAACCUUCCCUUGAUUGUAAUAUUUCUUCGGCACUCAGUCAGACAUUGUUAAUAUUUUUUAAUAAUGAUUAUUAUUAAAAACUGAAUCUUUGGAUAAUGCAAUUCUAGCAUUUUGAUUGGCUUAGCCGUUAUAGUAUAUGAGCUAUUAUACCAUGCUCUCCAUAAUUAUAUGGUCAAUGUACGCGUCAGAAGGAAGCUAACUGAGAUUUUUUCUCGCGAAGGAUAGAACGGUGCCCGAAGCAAAUUGUUUUAAUUCAUUUCUUAGAGUACUACAAAUGCAAUUUCAUUGAAAGAAAAAAGACAAAAACAAACAAAAAAGCCACAAGAGCUUGUUUGAAAGUUUGUCGAAAAACACAUGAAAAUACAUGAAACUAAAGUACCUUGACCAGCUACGAAAGAAGACAGGUGUUGUUUCUUCAUGAUCGGGAAGCCAUUCGCCAAUCGAGGAACUCGUCGAUAGAUAACUGUGGCUUGUUUAUCCGACAUCAAGAAUAUAAAUCACAAGUAACCAGCUACAAACACAGGCUAUGCAGCCAUUCACUAGAGCAAUCGAGGUGGCAGUAUAGCUUCUUUUCUCGUUCAGCAAAACCACUUGUGGCUUCAAACAACUUCAUAACAAGCGAGCGAGGUAGUAGUUUUUCUCCGUUGUUCUUACUUUUGUAACUGCACCAAAAAUCCAAUGAAAUUCACAGUAAUUUCGACGGCUAUCACUUAAAAAUUCUUUUCCUUCACAUUAUCUGCCAGGUUUUUUUAGCUGUCCUGCUGUGUAAAAUCCUAGAAUCCCGAUGAGUUUUUAAAAAAUUAAUGUUCAUUGCUGCAAUGUUUUGAUUUUUCAUUCAUGCAGUCCAGGCGAGUCCGUUCGCGCGUUGACAGUUUUGAUAGACGUGUGACAUGUGAAUAGUCCCUUGUCUUUUCCGGUUUGUUCUAGUAGGGGAGAUUCAACGAGUUUUUGUGGGCAUUUUUUAUAAAACAAUUAUUCCACUCGCGCUUGUUGGAUAUGAGAUGAUUAUAGCCAACUGGGCGCUACGCGCCUUGUUGGCUAUCUAUCAUCUCAUAUCCAACGCGCCCUCGUGGAAUAAUUGUUAAUUAUUUAAUUAAUAGUAAUGGUACGUACAUUGCAUUGUACAAUAUGGUAUUUUUCACAGUUACUUGUUGGGUCAGAAGACUUUGACAUCAGGGUUUUUAAAGAAGAUGAGAUUAUUGCAGAGAUGACAGAAACUGAAGUGAGUAUAUUGUGUUUCAAUUUUUAGCUUUAUUUAGUAUUUUUCUUCUUUUUCAAAAGAAAAUAAUAAAAUUGAACAACAAGUAUAAAAAUUUAAAACUCCUUCUGGUUCUUUCAUUUAAAUCAUCAAUGUGUUCCAGUUUUUAGGUGUAAUUAGAGACCUUUAGCAUCAGGUUUUUCAUGGGAAUCGCAAACUGUAGUUUGCAGUUACGUAUUUGCAGUUUCACCUGGCCAGAAUUUAAAUUUUAGCUAGGCAUUCAUUGUUUAGUGCCGCCAUGUUGUUUUUCAUCAAGUUGAAGUGCAUAACUUUUAUCUCCCAAAAAACAUGAAUAAUUCAAGUUCAAAAAUCUAACUAGCACGGCAGGCAGAUAUAGAAAGCUACUUCGUGCAUUUAAAUGUGAGGCUGUACAAUUUUUAGUGGCAAAAAACCUGGUCUUAAGUCACUUACCACUGGAAGCUCUUCCUCAGCCUAUCAAACUGCAAAUGCGACCGCAAGACGGUACGUGGUCACUUGACAUUCUCAGGUUUGCCGUUUCCCAGCCAAAACCUGAUGCUUAAGGUCUCUAUUAAGCUAGACUAUACUGUAAGAGGAAAAUGCCAUCAGUAGCUACCCUCCAGGUGAAUAAAAUUCAUUCCUUUGGGCUGAGCAAUUUUUAAUUUAUUUACAGUCUGUGACCUGUCUUUAUCCACUCCAUGGAUCAAGAUUUGGCUAUGCGCUGGCAAAUGGAACCGUUGGAGUGUAUGACAAGACUGCAAGAUACUGGAGGAUAAAGGUGAUUUCUUUGGAGAUUAUUUCUUUAAAAAAGAACAUCAUCAGCAUGGCAAAGUCAUCAGAUGAUGAUGGUGAUGUAUGCAUGAAUUUGCUGAGGUACCCUGCGUGUAGUUGUCUCCUAUGUCACUUUUCUGCGAGCAACAACGGAAGUAGGAGUAGUCUGCAUGCAGGGUGAUAUUGAGGUAGCAGUUGGAGAAAUCAUAAGUCUUUUGUGAAUAGUUUACCCUAAUUGUAAAUGGUUUCUUUCUUUUGCAGUCUAAAAACCAAGCAAUCUCCAUUCACAGUUUUGAUCUUGAUUCUGAUGGAGUACCAGAGCUGAUAACAGGCUGGUCAAAUGGAAAGGUAAAUGUACUUGAAAACACCAGUCCUGAAAGUGAACAUUUCUGUACAGCUGUAACAUGGCCCUAGCUUCAAUGUAGGAUAUUAAGUCCAUGUAUAAAAUAUGCCAAAGGGCACCACAGUGUUCUUACCAGGAUUUUUUGCACUAGGGUCCACAGGACCCAUAGAGAAGCUAAAAGGGGGUCAUUAGGGAGAAAAGCGGAUCACAAUUUUUAGAUACCAUUAAAUUUUGGCUUAUAUUCUAAGGAAAUGUACAAUGUAUGUUUAUGUACAUUUUGUAAUAGGUUUAUUUCCUUCUUUGUGCCCUUGGGACCCCUUGGGCUAAUCAUAGUAUGUCAUUGCCCAAAAAAGUGCGGCAAUGCUGCAAUGCCAUGGUCUGCUAUUAAAGAAGACAAGCACCAUCCCAGGAAGUUAAUAUAAUAAUAAUAAUGAUAACAAUAAAAAAAAUUAAUGUGCCUUUUCCAUGUAAAUAUGAUCCAUAUCUGUAUAUAUUAUUUUCAUAUAAUGUCAUUUUCAUCUCCAAUAAUUGUAAACUCCAUAGAUUAAGUUUCUUACAUUGUUUUAAUAAUCUGAUGAGAAUUUUAACAUCUUUACCCAAUUUUUUUUUCCAGAUUGAUGCACGUAGUGACAGAACAGGUGAAGUGAUCUUCAAAGAUAAUUUCCCAGUGGCUGUUGCUGGUGUCUUGGAAGGAGACUAUCGCAUGGAUGGCAAACUAGAGCUUAUAUGUUGCUCUGUGGAAGGAGAGGGUAUGUAUCUUUCAUGUACUAGAAGUACAAAUCUGGACAUUCUUAACAUUCAAGUUCCAUUUGUCAAUGUUCUACCCGUGGCCAUUAAUUUCCUUCUGAAAUAUCAAUAACAAAAUAUCUGAUCAUAAAGUCAAUACUGGCCUGAGAAAACAGCCAAGACAUUUUGGAAACUGCCCACCUACCCCUCCCCUAAUUCAACAUUAACACUUACUUCUCACUUAGGGCAAAAUGUUAGCUUAGUAGGUGGGCAGUUUCCCAGAAGCAUAUAAUGAUCCAACAUUUUGUGAUGCCUCCACUAGGUUCUCUAGGAAAGAUGUCUGAGAAACAAAAAAUAUUUGUAGAAAUUCCAUACUGAAUAUCACUAACCAGAUCUUGGUAGUGCUUCUAAUUUGUUGAAGUAAACUUCAUGACCAAUUAGACACACUACCCAGAUCUGUGUAGGGACACGUCAUCAGUUUGUUCCUCAGUUACAUUUCACAGGGAAACCAGUGAUGGCAUGGCAAAAUGUUGGCUGUUUUCUCAGUCAAUACUUGUCAGCUGUCAUUUUUCACACAUUGUAUAGCAGUAAUUCAUUUUGCGCUGGAAGCUGCCUUUGAGCAUUAAUCCUUCAUGCCUGUCUUGUACAAAGGUAGCACCUACCAAUCACCAGUUGCUGAGUGCAAGGGGUCCUAAAUUAGUUUGUGUUGUAAUUAAAGGGGAUGUGUCAGCGGGGCUGUGGCACAUUUUUCAUUUUCUUAAUAAUGCUAAUUGCGCAUCCUUAUUAUUUCCAUGGAACUUGAGAAAUUACUUGUGAAUGACAACACAGCUGCAUGUCGAACAAAACAUGUCCUCCAAGCAUUAUGUCUUGAACGUUACAAACAGAGAAAAUGACCUUUAAAAAGUUGUUUCAGUCUUCUUCAAGUUUGUCUAUCCUUGCCUCUUUUUGUAUUUUCUUUGUUAUUUAAACCUUCUUUUAAUGUUUUGAGUGGUUAUUUCUAUUUUUCACUCAGUUUGGUUGCAGCUCGCACUGUUUGAAUUUUGUUAAAUUUUUGUGACACAGCUUAUUAUACUUUUUACUUGUUAUUCUUUAGUGCGUGGCUAUUUACCCGCUUCUCCUGAGAUGAAAGGAAACCUUAUGGAUGUGAAUGUAGAGCAAGAUGCGGUCAGAGAAUUGGCACAAAGAAAGCAAAAUUUGCUGCUUGAACUGAAAAACUAUGAAGAAAAUGCCAGGGUGAGCAUAUUAAGCAUUAUAUCUGUUACACAUGUUACUCUGAAAAAUGUUUUCUAAUAUUAAUUGUGCAAUAAAUGAGCUGACAGACUACAUCGCUUAUGUCACACAAACAUACAUAUCACUACAUUUUGAUCAAGAAUAAGGUUUAAGUGACUUCUCACUCUAUCUCUCUCUUUGUUUGUUAUGUUUUACACAAACUGACUUAUUUUUCGCUGACUGUACAAAUUAGCAAAACUAUGUGAAAGGCACCAAGUUCUCUAUUCUACCUGCAAAUUGCCUUGUAUUUCCUUCUUCUAAAACAAAUAAUUUCUAGAGUUUCUUAGGGCCCUUAAAUGUAACUAUUGUAUUUUUUACAUUAAAUGUUUCACUGAAUUAUGCCUUUAUGUCAAACACUAGAAGAACAAUAAAAUGCAGUGUUCAAUUUUGUGCUAAAAGGUAAAGCAACCAUAUUUUACGUCGAUAACUCGUGUCAGUAAUUCAACUGAUAAACUGGAGGUCAAUGGUGUGCCCAUUUUCUACCCUCCAUCAAUGCUCCGUUUUAAAGGUAUUUAAAUCUAGUCAAAGCUACACAGAAAAGAGAAAAGUCGAAACAAGCGUGUGACAUCUCCGGGGACCUCGCCAUCCUUGCUUUUUCCUUGUUCAAAUUUAAGGUUGGAAAAGCAGGAGGCCAGGAUGUGGAUCCAUCCCAGUUGGGGAUCAUACCAGCCAACACCCAGCUACAGACAUCAUUAUUGGUGAACCCUGGCAGUGAACAGGUGCAGCCUCAUGUUGAACUCUCCAUCUCCACCACCAAUGAUACAAUCAUACGCACAGUCAUGAUUUUUGCUGAGGGGGUAUUUGAAGGAGAAAGCCAUGUGGUUCAUCCUUCACAACAAAAUUUAAACUCGCAUCUGCAAGUUCCAGUUUUUCCUCCCAAAGAUGUUCCUGUGGAUCUUCACAUCAAAGCUUUCGUUGGCUACAAAUCCAGGUAUCAGUCCUCGAAGUUCAACUUUUUCUUGGCAACCUAAUUUUAUGGAAUGUUCGUCGGACACAAAAUAAUAUUGGUUGCGAGAAAAAAAAGCAGACAAAGCAAAGCAGAAUACUUUGUGCAAUAUUAUUUGACUAAUAGAACAGAAAUAGUGGUUGCCACUAUAUAUUGCAAUCAAAUUUGACGGCGCAUGCGACAUCUCUUGGUUUAGCAUCCAAGUAGCCUGGGUGAAAGUGGUGAAUUAUAAUGAAAAUGGAGCAUAAAUAGACUUAUUUUAACUUUAGGAAGACUAUAAACACGAACUAAAACAGUACGGUUGACACAUUAUGUCUGAGCACAAUUUCCUACAAUUUUGGACUAAACUUGUUGUUGUUUUUUUUUCAAACUUGCCUUGGCAACCAAAAUGGUCACAGCGGUUUGGCGCGCUUGCUAUGUAGGAUUUACAAGUGAGUCUCUAACAGCCAGCUCUUUACAGCAGGCAAUUCUCCAGAACCACCAUUGUUUUGACCAGUGGGAAUCUCUGUUUGUUUAUUCACUCUUGUUUCGACCUGUCCACACAACAACAUCUCUGCAACACAGCAAUGUAUGGCUUCUUUAGCGCACAUCAUUGAAAUUUCACUUAUUUACUUGUUCAACAUUUUUCCCUUUUUUAGUUCCCACUUCCAUGUGUUUGAACUAACAAGACAGCUUCCGAGGUGUGUAUGAAGAAUAAAAUCUUGUUUUAUAUUGUAACUAACCCUUUUGCUUUUUUGAAUAUUUUUGAUGUAGAUCAGAGAACUGAGGAUUCACUUACAACCUCCAUUGUUUCAUUGUGUAGGUUCACUUUGUACAUUCCAUGCCCUGAAGGUUAUGCUGAACCGAAGUCGUACUGUUCUUUUCAUAUAAAUGAAAGAAUCAACAGGGUAAGUUGCAAAUUAUAAUGUAAACUAUUUGGAUGUGCCGACUUUGCUUUGAAACAAUAGUUUUAUAUCAGGCUCUCUUCUUUUAUAUAGGUGGUAAUGUGGUUGAAUCAGAACUUCCUUCUUCCUGAUGAGAUUGAAGGAAAAGACACAGACCUGGAUAUAAUGUUUUUAUCCCUCAGAACAGGAAACCCUCUGGCAAUCAAAAUGGAUCCCAGUGGAAAUGUAAGAGUUGGCCUACUCCCCCUAAUGGGCCAUUUGCACGAUGACGUAAUUUUACUACUACAACUAGAAUCGUUCAGGGUUUUGCUUUCUUGUGCAAAUUAGGGCUUUUGUUCUUUAAACCUCGCUAGGACUAUCAAAUUUAAAUAUGAAAGGGUAAACGAAAAGGAUUCUGGUCGUAGUAGUAAAAUGAUGCCAUCGUGCAAAGGGCCUAUUGUCAUCAUUGUUUCGCGUGCCAUUCAUUUUUUUGUAUGAGCACAAGGGUUAGUUUCUGGAAAAUGUAUGUGUUGCUUUGUCAUCAUGGUUGUGGGAGCGAAUCCGCAUUUGACCACUGUUCCUACUUUUUUUCGUUGUUUACAACGCAUUUGAGAGGUAAGGUUGUAAAUAGGCUAGCCUGCGAGAAAGCUCUCCAUUUGGGGGGAGACGCGAGAGGUCACGCGAGAGCCGCACACGAAAGCUAGGAGACGCGUGUGCGAGGAGCUGGGUUGCGCCGCUCGCUCGCGCGUUCUCUCAUGGCUUGCCCUCGCGUGCUUGCUCGCAGGCUGUGAAUAGGCGCGAUUUCCGCCGCUCUCUUGGGUCCUCCCCGAGAAGAGUCUAGGGGGAGGAGCACGGCCUCAUUUUCCGAACAGCGGUUGGUUAUCCAGCCUAGGUCGUAAACAUACGGUGUAUUAAAAUCAUAAACAUUUCAGAUGUUAUUUGAUAACAUUACAGUGAAAGAUACUGUCGCUUAAUGCGGCUUGCAGCUAAGUUAAAAUUCAUUCAGCAAUGACGGUUUCUUAUUGACUUUCUGUAACUCAGGUGACGAUCAAGAGCGAUGACAUGGAUUUAGCAGGAGACAUCAUCCAAGCUCUGGCGUCCUUCUUGGGCAUUGAGGUAAAUAAGCGUCUUAAGAGCAGUUCCUACGUCGUGCGUCUGCCGUGCCGAACUUAAUUCAAAAGCACGACAGAAGCACGACGUCUGAAUCAACGUUUUUUUUAAUAUGGUUUGGCGGAGCAAUUAAAGUACCGUUAUGUCACACGGUUCUCGCACGGCAGUGAUUCAAACGUCGUUUUUAUGCCGUGUCAAACCAAAUUCAUAAAUUUUGGAAAUGUACUUUGGGAAACUUAGGUAUACAGUAUGUAGCCGGAUUUUUGAAAACGUUACCGGCAAAUUGACCUUUUCCGUCCAACAUUCUUUUUCGGCCAAAAACUAUCUCCAAAGAAGCCAUUAUAAAAACUAAGAGAGUAACAAUUGCUUUUUUCUUUUUUCCUCCUUCUUCCACCUCGCUUUUUCUUUUUAUGCUGUUCUUUUUCUUCGUUACUGUAAUUUUGAAGCUUAUCGGGCCCAGAAAACCUGCCUUUUGACGCCUUUCACUCAAAUCAUUGCGAGGCUGGUUUUUAAAAAAUCGGCGAGAUGUUUUUGCUUCAUGUAUCCCUAACUUGAUACUGCGUUCGUAAUUAUUUUCGAUAUCUGGCACGACUUCUGAAUUAAAGUCGCGCUUUUGUCGUGUUUCUUUUGAACCCAAUGGCCGUUUUCACACCAGAGACGGAUAACGCAUCUCCAAAUUCCGUCAAAAUUGACGGAAAAACAGAUGGAUAAAAGUCAGGCGGAUUGUCCAUCCAAAAUUAAGAUCGUUCCAUUUUCAAAUCAAGACGUAUUAUUACGUCUGUGGCGAAUUAUCCAACGGAUAACCCGUCUCAGGCGGAUAAUCCGUCUCUAGUGUGAAUACGGCCAAUUACAAUUGAGUUUGGCAUGACCGAGGUACAGCCUACGAACUGGGCCUUAAUUCAGUGGUAUUUAAAGGUCGUUGACCUUGUAGAAUGGAUUAUCCCUUGGCCAGUAGGCGGAUUUUUUACCAGCACAAUAAUCGCAAGCUGAACACUUGAUGACCCUCUGUAAAUAUGGUCAAGUCUAAAGCUAAAAUUUGCGUCCAUCUUGGUCCAGAUCACGUGUUACAGGGUCUAGCUUUUAGCCUUACCCUAAGCUAAAAUAGACUGAAACUUCUACUGUCACUUUCCGGUCCUACCCCUCACAAUUCGUGCUAUUAUGCUUAUCAUUUCAGGAUCUGCAGUCGACAGCAGAAUUCCCCGAUCAAUUAGAGGAACUUCGUGCAGUUUUGCUAAAGGUAUCAGAUGCAUAACUGACGAGAAAAAAAGUGUCUUUAUGUGGCACGGAAUAUAGUUUUACAUGCAUGUAAAUGACAUCAAAACAGCGAGAACAGUUAGUAAAAAAGGACUCAUAGUCAUAAUGCAUGGCUUAAACAAGUCCUGCCUUAGUUAUUAAAUCUGUUACUCAGUAGACGUUCGUCCCUUAAAGAAGUCAUAUUUAGGUUACCUAUUUAAUUGAUUUUCGUCAAUUUUGUUAAUUAGUACUGUUUAUUAACUUCUAUAGACCUUCCAUCGUUAUUAUAUUUCUGUUUUCAUUUUUUUGUUGUUGUUGUUGUUUGUAAUUGAUUAACGUGGAGGCGUGAUUUAGGAAACAUCCAGGGAUAGUGCUGGGAAGAACUACCUGAAAUUAUUUUGUAAUCUUCCUUAAUCCAAAGUUUGAAAGUGAUAUCAGUCAUAAACGAGCGAAAACAGAUCUUCAGCGUCGCAAAAUUUUACGGACGUCAUACGGUUGGGGUUUCGCAAUUUCGCGAGGGAGCGAGUUUUCUUCGCAAUAUUUUCGCUAGUUUUCCAUAUAUCACCCUUAUGAACUUGGUACCUUUACUUAUUUUAAGGCGCUUUUUGCAGCCGUGUCCAUGGAUCUUCGCUAAUUGGUUAUACCAAAAUUACAAUAAUAAUGAUUAUUGUUCUUAUAAUCAGAAGUUCAAAAAGCCUUGGAAGAAUCCGUUUGUAGAAAGAAAGACUACAUGCAAAUUCAUAUUAUUUUUUUAGGUGGAUGAGUUGCAUGCUGUAAGACAGAAGCUUACAGCCGAGAUGGCAGAUCACUCCAACUUGAUCAGAAGUUUAGUUGUAAGAGCCGAGGAUGCUAGAUUAAUGGGAGAUAUGUAAGUUGUUGUUUCUUUUGUAAUUCUUCACAAAAUCUUCCUCCGUUUUGACCCAUGAACGUUAUUCUUAGUCCAUGAGUGGUUCAUCAGUCGACCCGCAGAUUGCUUAGAUUGUAAUAAACUGUAACAAAGAAAUUAGUUUGAUCUUGAUCAACUGACAAGUUAAGUUAAAAGGUAAAGUUAAAAGAGUCCUUUUGUUCUGGAAGCCCGAAAUAGUCAUCACCUGACUAGAAAAACGUGAGGUCGAUGGUGAGCUCGCUUUACCCCUCUCUCCAUCAGUGCUCCGUUUAACGGGUAUUUUAAAGCUGCUUUAAUCUUAACGGAAGGGAUGAGUUCAUACCUGGAAAUCGAGCUUGGAACCUCUCGCACAGAGAGCCACCCACUGACAAACUCGGCCAAUUCUCCCCUGCUUUUCAGUUAAUUGCGAUCCAUAGAGGGCUUCGAACUAACCUUUUGAAAGCUGGCACUUCUUGUAGUUUUUUUAAUCUUUUAGAGUGUGUGUUUCAUUCCCUCACCGGCGCAGUACCAUAGAUCAGAAGCGAACCCCCCUAUUAAAGUACAACACAGUUGACUGACAGGCAGCCAAUAGAUGUAGCACCGUAUUUUAUCGAUUGAAUAUUGGGUCCCGAAUAAAUGCUGGGUGUAAAAGCUCCAAAUUAGGCCCUCGAGCGUUUAUAAGGGCAGGAUACACGGAUGUGGCCGAGUCCACCGGACCAAGCGUGAAAUAGAGGAAAUGCAUUAGCCAUCUUUUUUCGUUAUGAUUUUGGCAAAAACUGAUCGACCGUGAUGGAGUUCAGAUGUAUGUAUUGUAUCAAAUUGUCAUUAGGGCACAUGUACUCACAGGUGCCAAUUUUUACAUUGCUAGGAAAAAUAUGAGGAAAGGCUACAUGGAACUGUACGACCUGAACAGAGAUCUCAUAAAUGGCUACAAAAUUAGAUGUAAUAAUCAUACUGAGUUGCUGUCGUGUUUGAAAAUUGUCAAUCAGGCGAUUCAACGAGCGGGAAAGCUCAGAGGUAGGCUGUAAUCUCUAAUACGUGAGCAGAGGUUUACUGCUCAGAAGUCUGGCACGCACCCCUCCUCGCGCUGUCGCGCGCCCGAGUUUGUCCUUCCCCUAUUAACGCCUGCCACACAGGCUGGUUUUCUUUGUUUAGCAAUCAUUGAAUGAGGCUGAGUAGAAUAUGAAGAAUUCUGCAGAUCGCGGAGGGUGUUAUCCACCGAGGCCGAAGGCCGAGGAGGAUAGCACCCUCCGAGAUCUGCAGAAUAAGGGGCCGUUCAAGUCUGCAAAUACACUCCAAAUAGUAGAUGUCGUCCGUCGAGUUGUCUUCUUGCUGUACUUGUCAUGCUUUUGGACAAUAGUUCGCCGUGAAACAAGUUAAAUGUCCUUCCAUUACUCACUUCAACAGCAACUCAAACUCGUCCCCAGGUUUUCUUGGUUAACGGUUCAAUAACCUGCGACUUUGCUGCACUUUUGACGUCAUCGGUUCAAUAUGGCAAAAUUCUUCCAAAUUUGGUAGCUGGUUAUGAUGAAUUAUGCGUGUGAUUUUAGCCAAUCAGAAACGGAGAAAUAUUUUGAAUGAAUAAUAAAGCAAAUUAUAGCACUUUGUCGACAGGGAAAGAAACAAAAAGAUUGUGUAAUGUUGAAGGUUUUACGAUGUUGCAUUCAUUUUGUAAGUAAAUUACCUAAACGUUGUUAACAAUUUAGUGUGCUAAGACCAAAUUUUCUUCCUGCUUUAGUUGGAAAGGGAAAAUCUCAAGUUAUUGCUGGCUGCCGUCAAGCAAUCAAGAACAACAAUGUCAACGGCUUGUUCAAGAUCAUCAGGGCAGGAUCAUUAUGAGUUUUCCACACAUGGGAUCUACUCUGUUGACCAAUGGCGUGUCAGAGUGCAGUCGACUGGCAGUCUCCAAAGACACUCACGAAGCCAUUUCACGUUUAAUAGGGCUGUGUGCCGAACCAAAUUGAUUAAAAUAAUUUAUUUUUACUUUAGCAUGGGUAGUGUCGACCUUCUCAGCUUACAUUAUUUAGAAAUCAAGGAAAGAUUGUGAAAACAUUUCAAAUAAAAAAAACUUUCCUCUACGCGUAGACGGUUUCAAAUUUUAAAAUAGAGAGUUUUAGAUCCGAGUUUACCGCGAACCUCUAACCGCUGGGAGUCACGUGACAAGUCUUUCGCGUCACGUUUGAGGUUUACGACGUGCGUUUUCAACGUGGGGAGGUAGGUUUUCACGUAUGCCUUUUACCUGAAAGCUUUUAGCUUAUAAUUCUUGUUUUAUCCCACGUAAUGAUACAAAAAUCUUGUGCAGCAAGUCUUUAUCUAUUAACAGAGGCACAAAUUCGGGC